GCCAAAUUCAUAUAACAAUUAUAAACCAUAUGCUCUUUUUCCAUGCAGAUAUUAAUUGUAUACUGCAAAAUAAUGAUUAUAAAAAACAAAAUCAUAUAGAUCCACUAUAAAGAGUUCACUCGACCACAUUCACAUAACAAAACAAAAUCAUACAUACUCCAGAACAAAGGAAAAUUUAAAAUAUAUCUCCUUAUAUACUCCUAAAGUUUUCUUUCCUUUAGCUUCUUGUUUAGUUUUAUUCUUUCAACAUUAACUUUUUUUUACUCUCUUGUCAAAAGAGAAAAAGAGUUCUUGUAAUGGAUGAUUCAAGCUUUAUGGAUUUGAUGAUCGACACUGACGAGUAUCUGAUCGAUGACUGGGAAUCCGAUUUCCCGAUAUGCGGGGAAACUAACACCAACCCCGGUUCCGAGUCUGGAUCUGGAACCGGGUUUGAGUUGCUAGCAGAAAGACCAACGAAGCAAAUGAAAACCAACAACAACAUGAAUUCAACAUCUUCUUCUCCGUCGUCUUCUUCUUCUUCUGGUUCUCGCACGUCACAAGUGAUCUCAUUUGGGUCUCCAGACACGAAAACCAACCCGGUCGAGACAUCUUUGAACUUCUCCAACCAAGUAAGCAUGGAUCAGAAAGUGGGGUCGAAAAGAAAAGAUUGUGUUAACAAUGGAGGAAGAAGAGAACCACAUCUAUUGAAAGAACAUGUUUUGGCUGAACGAAAACGUCGACAAAAGCUCAACGAGCGUUUGAUUGCUCUCUCUGCUCUUCUUCCUGGCCUCAAAAAGACGGACAAGGCAACAGUUCUUGAAGAUGCCAUCAAACAUUUGAAACAACUUCAAGAGCGGGUAAAGAAGCUGGAGGAGGAGCGAGUGGUGACCAAGAAAAUGGAUCAAUCAAUUAUAUUGGUGAAGAGAUCUCAAGUGUAUUUAGAUGAUGAUUCUUCAUCUUAUUCUUCUACUUGCUCUGCUGCGUCUCCUCUGUCUUCUUCUUCGGACGAAGUUUCGAUCUUCAAACAAACAAUGCCUAUGAUCGAAGCCCGAGUUUCAGACAGAGAUUUGUUGAUUAGAGUCCAUUGUGAGAAGAACAAAGGGUGUAUGAUUAAGAUCUUAAGUUCCUUGGAGAAGUUUCGUCUUGAAGUAGUCAAUAGCUUCACUUUACCAUUUGGAAAUUCAACUCUCGUUAUAACCAUUCUCACUAAGAUGGACAACAAAUUUUCUCGACCAGUUGAAGAAGUGGUGAAGAACAUAAGAGUUGCGUUAGCUGAAUAAUAUUUUAAAAAACGUUUAUGUGAAUUUCGCAGUGGUUAAACGUGUUAGAUUUGGUCUCCAAUUUUGACCAGAUCACUCGGUUUAGUUGAAUAAUGAGUAGUUGGAUAAUAAAACCAGAUAUAUGCACGAAAUAUGGGAUUUUGUCGUUUGUUGAGUGCAAAAGCUGGAUUGGUGUGUGUACCUAAUUAUGGCUGUAUCAUUGGUUUUGAUACUUUGAUAUAUAUUUUUCCCCAAUAUCAUUGGGUUGGUUCAAUAAUGAAGUACCUAAGUGUUCAUUAAUUUUAUUGGCUUC